UUGUUGUUUUUAGAACGCGGCUACGUCUCGCGCCAAAUCUUGUCAGAGAGAGGAGAGGAAAGUGCUGCAGUCGCGUAAAAACAAGGAACAUUCCGGAGUGAGAGAUGGGUCUGCUGGAACGAUGCGAGGAGCUCUUCCGAACCACCAACCUCUACGAGGUGCUGGGUGUCACAAAGACAGCGUCAGAUGCUGAGGUGCGCCGCGGCUACUACAAAGUGUCCCUGCAAGUUCAUCCCGACAGAGCUGCCGAUGACCCACGCGCCACCGAGAAAUUCCAGGCUCUUGGGAAGGUGUAUGCGGUGCUGAGUGACAAGGAGCAGAGGGCUGUGUAUGACGAACAAGGGAUUGUGGAUGAGGAGUCGGACUCUCUGAGCCAGGAUCGCAACUGGGAGGAGUACUGGAGACUGCUGUUCCCCAAAAUCACGGUGGAGGACAUCAUGAAUUUUGAGAAGAAGUACAAGGGUACUGAGGAGGAGAAGGAGGAUUUGUGCAGACUGUACCUGCAGUUCAAGGGCAACAUGGACCUCAUCAUGGACUCGGCACUGUGCUGCACCCAUGAAGAUGAAGCCCGCAUCACGAGCAUCGUCCAGAGCGCCAUCGAUUCUGGCGAACUGCCUGCCUUUCGCGCCUUUACCCACGAAAGUGAAAAGAAAAAGAAAAAUCGCAAGCGGAAGGCCGAUAAGGAGCGGAAGGAGGCGGAAGAAAUGCAGAAGGAGAUGGGUGUGAACUCUGAGGACAGCCUGGUUGCAAUACUCAAGCAAAAGCAGAAGUCCAGAGAACAGGGAUUCAACUCAUUCCUUGCAGAUUUGGAGGCCAAGUAUACAAAAAAAGAAGGGAAAGGUGGAAAGAGAGGCAAAAAGUGAUGGGACCUCUAUUCAGAAUUUUGCUUUAAAAGGUUUGUCAGCUCUGGGUUACCACCCCUAGAACGGACGGUCUCGACUGAAUAACAACACUGCAAAUUUGUGUCACCACUUCACACCUGAUUCAGGGCUGGGCUUUUGCUUAGACGUGUGUGUUUGUAUGCAACAGAAGGACUGAAUGUACAUUUUCUUCCUCUGGAGCAGAUUAUUCCCACAAAAGGGAAUGACUGAAAUAUUGUCAUAAAUGAAAUGUAGUUCUAAAGCAAACAUAUUGCAGAAUUCACAGUGAGUUCUUAUAAACAAGGGUGGGACUGACUGCUGCAGUGACUGACCCACCAGCCGCUGCUGCGGGAGCAAUAAAUGUUUUUAUAGGCAGGGGAGGGAAAAUGGCAUGAUGGAUUGCAGCAUAAAUGUAAUGUGAUUUUCACUUUGCAUUUUGCUGUCAGUAAUGUUUUAGUUAGGUCAUCCUUUCAUAGUGGUAAGAACUAUUUUCAUAAAAGUUAAUAAUUGUAAUGCUGUAACAUAUUGGGCAAAUGCUGUGUGCUUACAACCAAAUGUAAAGAUGUGGAAAAGCAAAAUUGCCACAUUUUCUGAAACUUUCAGAAAUUUAAAAAUGUGCUUGGACUUGGUUUGAAUAGGUAUGAUGUCUCACAUUGUGUAAAGGGGGAAUGUAUUUGUCAUUCAAUCACUUGAAUAUGUAAGCUUUCUGUCAUUUGUUUGUUUGAUGACGUGUUCACUAUAACACCUAGGAACAAUUGUUCCCCCCCAAAAAAAAACAAUCAUGUAUUUUGUCCAUAGGAAUUCUGCAC